AUGAAAAAAACUACAACUUUACAAUCUGAUUAUUCUAAAUCAUCUUUCUUUAAUGAUGGAAAGCAGAUUUUUUGUAAUUCUCCACAUCUUUCAAUGGAGUUUACACAAUUUGGAGCUUUUAUUAUGAAAUAUAAUAAUCGUCAACAACCUGUGACUAUAUUUUUACAUGAAUUCAUAAUGAAAAUAGUCGAGGAAGUAUUGAUUUUAUAUAUAAAAGAAAGGUGAAAGACAUAUCAACCUAGAGAAUAUCUGUGUUAAAAAGACCCUACACUAAAAAACAUAGUAAUUAGGGUUAAGAUUAAGUAAAAAUGGACAGUUUAUAGAGUUUUUUGGGGAAAUAAUGGAAUUGUGGAAAAUAAUAAAAAAAUUUGUAAUCCAAACUGACUUCUAGUUAAAAUACAAAUUAGGCUAAAAGUUAGGGGAAGGAUAUAGCUCAUCAGUAUAUAUUAAAAUGAUUUUAGGUUUUUAAGGCUUUUAAAAUCAUAAAUGGAUAAAAAGUAGCUGUAAAAAUUAUAGAUAAGAGCUUAGUGUAAAGAAACAAUGCUAGUGAAAGAUAAUAUCUAAUUAAUGAGAUAGCAGUUCUUCGAUAAAUCAAUCACAAUAAUUUACUUAAACUACAUGAAAUAUUUGAAUGUGAUGAUAACAUUUAUAUCGUUUCAGAAUUGUUGGAGGGAGGAAAUUUGAAAAAUUCAUUAUUUAAGUUUCGAUUUUCUGAACAAGAAACUAUAAUAUUGAUGGAAACCUUAUUUUAAUCUCUAAAUUAUCUACAUGAAAGGAAUAUAUUUCAUUAAGACAUUAAAUUUGAUAAUAUUCUUCUAAAAGAUUAAUAAGAUUUAACUUCUGCCUGUAUAAUCAACUUUGGAAAAUCAGAAAUCAUAUCAUAAAAACUUUUCAGCUCUAAAAAUCUGAAUUGCUCUGAUUAAACUACAGUCACUCAAUAUUUUAGAAAAAAGGAUAUUUUAGCUUUAGGCAUCGUAAUUUACAGUAUCUUCUCAAAGAAAUAAUAUUAAGAAACUCAAAUGUUAGAUGAAUUAUUAAUGAAAAAUUAUGAAAAUAUGGGUGAUUUAGAAUUUUUAGAAUUAAAACCUUCUUUGUUAUAGUUUUUUUAAAUAUUCUUCACUUAAAAAGGCAGAAUUUAAAUGGAUUCUAUAAAAUGUUCAGAUAUUUUAAAUUUGGAUGUAUUCAACCUUACAAAUACUAGACGUACAUCCAAAAUUUAGGGUGUUCCUCAUUAAAUUAAUAAUGAUUUUAGACGUACUUCUAGAUUUGCUCCUAGAAAUUCGUAAAAAGACCAUUAAUUAAUCACUAAUUUUUAAAGAAAUCUAAAAUUGCCAACUAUUUAGGAUUCUUUAGACUAUAAAAUCAAUCAAAAUAGUUCUUAUAGUCCAUAAACAGAAAAAUGUAUAUCAAGUAGAAUUUAUGAUGAAUAAGCAAGUUCUUUAAGACCUAGGUAUAGUUUGUUAAAAAAAUGCUUAAGCCCAAAUAUCUGA